GGAAGUAUUAGCUGUAGCUAAAUACUGCUCGCCGACAGUCCACACUUUUUUUUUUGCAAACUCAUUUAGAGGCACGCCUAGACAAAUGUCGGAUUAUUAUAGAAUCGAAUGAAAGAUGUAAGCUUCUGACUUGUCUGUCUUACCUAAUUAAGGCCAUCCCACGUCACGUUUGCUUUGAAAACUAUGAGCACCACGUCUGCUGUGCCAUGAAGGCUUUCUUGCCCUGAGAAACGGCCACCGGAAUUUGUCCUACCCUCUGGGUGACCCUGGCAGAGGAUGUACUGGUCCGUGGGCACUAGUGAGACCAGUGGCAGAGAGGAGGGCAGCAUGGACGAGCAUGAUGGCACUGUGGACAUGGGAAGCAAGCAGUCCAUCCUGGGCAGUACCGCUCUGAGUCAGUCCCCGACCAUCGACAACAUCCAGGCCGCCUACCGAGCCGGAGAGAGCCGACAGGCCCGGGAGCUGAUUCGGCUCUCGUGUGGGGAGACCAGCAGGGCGCAGCUGGAGAAGCAUCAGCUUCUUUCCCUUGCUGCUGGGAGUGGAGACCUGGAGAGUGUUCAGUAUCUGCUGAAGGAGGUCAGAGUGCAGGUGCCCAAACAGCCCAGUGAGGACAAUCCGGCUGUACUUGCUGCAUAUUUUGGUCAUGAGCAUGUGGUCAAGGAGCUACUGGACUCCAUACCAGGGCCUUGUGUCCAGAAAGACUUACUGAACUGGAUGCUGGCAACAGCCUGCCAGCAGGGCCAUUUGGAGGUAGUGAAGCUGCUGGUGCUCACCUACCAGGCUGAUGCUGAAAACUGUGCAAUAAGAACUCACGACUUCGCUGUCAUUACAGGAUUACCACUCUACGCGGCAGCGAGAGCAGGAAAUGAAGAGAUUUCCACCUUUCUGCUGCAAAAUGGGGCUGUGUUCACAUCCUAUACCCUGAUGGACCACCCUGCCUUCUUCAAGCAACUUCUAAGGAAACACUACAUAGAACCUAGUGAUCCAGAGUGCAGUGGAGAGCUGAGUGAUGCUCUGUCGGUGCGCUGGGCCCAGCUGAAGCUGCCCUGGCUGGACCUGGACUGGCUCAUGGACAUCUCGUGCCGCAUCACCCAGCUAGACCUUUCCUCCAACAGCCUCUCCGACCUGCCCUCUGUCGUCCCCUGGGGGCUCAUCCACCUGCAGCGCCUUGACCUCUCCGACAAUCAGCUGAAAGACCUGCCCGCUGGCCGCUCCUCCAAAGAAAUCAUCUGCACGUGGUUACGCGAGAUCAACCUUUCGCAAAAUGAGAUGGUCAGUCUUCCCUCCGGGCUGUUACACCUCAAAAGCCUACAGAAGCUCAUAGCAGCAAAGAACAAGCUGGUGAUGUUAUUCGAUGUUCCAAAUGAAACCAACUGGAUUGGACUUCGGAAGUUACAGGAACUUGACGUCUCAGACAACCAACUCGCCACACUUCCUUGUCCAACUCUUCACUGCUUCAAAUCUCUCAUCAGCCUGAAUGUUUCCAGAAACAAACUUAAAGAGUUUCCAGACCCCUGGGCAUGUCCUUUGAAAUACUGCAAGGCUUCCUCCAAUUGCAUAGAGAACCUUCCGGACACUAUUUCCAUCUUCUGGAAGAAUCAUCUGAAAGAAGUUGAUUUCUCUGAAAACAACCUGAAGCAGUUGCCAUCAUAUAUUUUUCAGCUGGAGGGGCUGGUCUCAUUAAAAGUGAGUGGUAAUCAGCUGUGUACCCUGCCAUCACCAAACAAGUGGACAUGCUCUCAGCUAAAAACACUCGAUCUUUCCAAGAACCAGCUAGGGAAGACAGAUGAGGGAGUGAGGACUAGAAAGCUGGCCUUCUUUACGACAUGGAACCGGAGAGACCCAGAUUCAGUGUGUUCCAUAGAAUUCCCUGGAGUUCUGCGGGAUUGUUUGGAGGUUCUGUUCUUGAAUGAUAACCAGCUGGAGUCAGUGCCUCAGUCAGUGUGCAGUUUGAAGAACCUUACUGAGCUCUAUCUGUCUAACAAUCCUGGAAUCCGUGAGUUACCUCAUGAGUUGGGACAGCUGUCUAAUCUUUGGCAGCUAGAUAUUGAAGACCUGAACAUCAGUAAUGUUCCUGUGGAGGUCAGGAAUGAAGGUCCAGCUGCUGUGUUGGGCUUCCUAAGAGCUCACCUGAGGAAGGCGGAGAAGUGCAGGCUCCUGAAGAUGAUCGUGGUGGGGCCUCCAAGACAGGGAAAGACCACCCUGCUGGAGACCCUGCAGACAGGCAGAGUGACUCAGUUCCUGCCCACUGAGUGCAGCAUCAGGACCUCCACCUGGACACUGGACAGACCCAGUGGGGUCAAAUCCCAUACGGAUUCAGUGGAGUUCAAUGUGUGGGACAUCGGAGGCCCUGCCAGCAUGUCCACAGUCAAUCAGUGUUUCUUUACGGACAAGGCUCUGUAUGUAGUCAUCUGGAACCUGGCUCUGGGGGAGGAGGCUGUGGCUAACCUGCAGUCCUGGUUAUUAAAUAUUGAGGCCAGGGCACCCAGUGCUGCUGUGGUUGUGGUGGGCACCCACUUGGAUCUCAUCGACACUAAAUUCCGGACGGAAAGGAUCGCCACCCUACGCGCCUACAUCCUGGCACUUUGCCGCUCUCCCUCUGGAGCCAGGGCAACAGGCUACCCUGACAUCACCUGGAAACACCUCCAUGAAGUGUCUUGUAAAAAUCUGGAGGGUCUGGAUGGCUUGCGAAGGCUGAUAUUUCAGGUGGCUUGCUCCAUGAAAGACAUGACCAGCUCAGCAAGCUCCCAGAAGCUGGUAGGAAGGCUGAUCCCAAAAAGUUACCUCCUCCUCCAAGAUGCUGUGAUUACAGAGAGGCAGAGGAGGGACCUGGCUGACGAGGUGCAGUAUCUGACGGACCUCCAGCUGGAAAACAUCAUAGAGCAGAAUCCCGACAGCGACAUCAAAGACUAUGAGGAUCUGCAAACUGCGAUCAGCUACCUGAUUGAGACGGGCAACUUGCUCCAUUUCCCUGACACCAGUCACGGCCUGUGCAAUCUCUACUUCCUGGAUGCGGUGUGGCUGUCUGAGUGUCUGGAGAGGAUCAUCCACAUUAAGAGUUCCAAGUCUGUGGCCAGGAACGGAGUGAUCAAGGCUGAAGACCUCCGCAUGCUGCUGGUGGGCACUGGCUUCACUGAGCAGUCCGAGGAGCAGUAUUUCCAGUUUCUGGCCAAAUUUGAAAUUGCCCUUCCUGUUGCCAGUAAUAGUUACCUGCUACCUCAUCUUCUGCCUCCCAAGCCCGGGUUGGAUAUCCACGGUCUUCGCCAGCAGACGACCAACACCAUCCAGAGGCUCUUCAAAAUGAGCUUUGUCCCGGCUGGAUUUUGGGAACGCUUCAUAGCCCGGAUGUUAAUUAGCCUUAAUGAGAUGGACGUCCAGUCGUUUGAAAACCGGAAGAACACAAAGACCCUGCGGAACAGGAGGACGAGCAUUUACAGCUUUGCAGGGAAUCAGCAGAGGAACCGAUGUAGCACGUUUCGAGUCAGAAGAAGCCAAACUAUCUAUUGGAAGGAAGGACUGCUGGUUACAUUUGACGGAGGCUACCUGAGUGUUGAGUCAUCGGAUCUUAACUGGAAGAAGAAGAAAAGUGGAGGAAUUAAAAUAAUCUGCCAGUCAGAAAUGAGAGACUUCUCUGCCAUGGCUUUCAUCACUGACCAUGUCAAUUCUCUGAUAGAUCAGUGGUUUCCUGCCUUGACGGCCAGUGAGAAUGAUGGCAGCAUGCUCAUAGAGCAGUACGCGCCCUGCCCCUCUUGUGCCACAGUGACCAGGGAAGAGGAAGAGCCUCCUGUGAAGGCCAAGGGCACGCAUUACUUCAACAUGGAGGACUGCGUGAUCGCGGCAGUGGAGCAGGAGCACAUCGCGUGUCCGAACCACCCUGCCCAGCCCGUGCCCCUGCAGGAGCUCGUCCCCGAGCUCUUCAUGACCGACUUCCCUGCGCGGCUGUUUCUGGAGAACAGCGACCUGGAGUACAGCGAGGAGGAACACAAUGUCCUGGGCCAGGGCGGUAGUGGCACCAUCAUCUACAAAGCCAAAUACAAGGGCCUGCCAGUCGCGGUGAAGCGCUUCCAGUUCAAGAAGUGCCGGCAGCAGUCACUGACCUCCAGCACAGACACCAUGGUUAAACACCUGCAGUCCAUGGAUGCCCUGCGGAACUUUUCCGAGUUCCGGCAGGAAGCCAGCAUGCUCCACUCCCUGCAGCACCCCUGCAUCGUCUCUCUGAUUGGCAUCAGCAUCCACCCCCUCUGCUUCGCACUACAGCUGGCCCCCAUGGGCAGCCUCAACACAGUGCUGGAGGAGCACUCGAAGGCAGGAGUUCAGUUUUUGCCAUUGGGUCACAUGCUGACUUAUAGAGUAGCCUAUCAGAUUGCUGCAGGGCUGGCCUAUCUGCACAGGAAGAACAUCAUCUUUUGUGACUUGAAAUCCGACAACAUCCUAGUCUGGUCCUUGGAAGUCUCAGACCCAGUGAACAUCAAGCUCUCGGACUAUGGCAUCUCCCGGCAGUCAUUUCACGAGGGGGCACUAGGGGUAGAAGGGACGCCAGGCUACCAGGCCCCAGAAAUCAGGCCUGGCAUCGUCUAUGAUGAGAAGGUGGACAUGUUCUCUUAUGGCAUGGUGCUGUAUGAGCUGCUGUCUGGGCUCAGGCCUGUGCUGGGACAGCACCAGCUUCAGAUUGCCAAGAAGCUGUCCAAGGGUGUCCGGCCUGUGCUGGGGAUCCCAGAGGAGGUGCAGUUCCACUGUCUGCAGACACUCAUGUUAGAAUGCUGGGACACCAAGCCGGAGAAGCGUCCCACGGCAAUGGCUCUGCUCAGGCUGAUGCAGGAGCCCAGCUUCCCCUGCUUUAAGUACCUUCUGCCCUGUGGGAAGCACAGCCAGCUCUUCCUCUCCAGCGAGCAGGGGCACCCCGCUGUGUUCUGGGACAUCGACCAAGACGAAAGGAAUUACACUGUGGUGAAUGUCGACAAAGGUCAGGUCGAAGUAAGGAGAAUGGCCUGCCCUGGAAUGAAGAUCAGCUGUCAAAUGAAAGUAGAAAACACUCUCUGGACUGCAACCGAGGACCAGAAUAUUUAUAUUUACAGUUUGAAGGAUAUGUGUCCACUGAAUAACCCCCAGCAACAUUUCUUCUGUCCUGCCGUGGUCACCUGUUUGUUUAUAGUGCCAGCGCGGAAAGAGUCUCUCCCGUUGGUCUUUGUGGGCAUGGCGGAUGGGCUUAUUGCUGUGUACACGCUGAUUAACGACGUACCCCACGAUGGCGAGUCCUACCUGUGUUCCCACACUCUCAACAGAUCCGUCUUCAGCAUUGCAGACGAAGAUCCGAGGCAGAGGCCCUACCCUGUGAAGGCCAUGUUACUGGCUAACAGUGGCACUGAGGUCUGGUACACCAAUGGCCCUGGCAUCCUCAUCAUCGACUGUUUGACCCUCCAGGCAGUUAACCGCUUGGAUCCCUAUACCUACCCCUCUACAAUAGUGUCAAUGGCAUCUAAUUCAGGCUGCUGGGGAGAAGAGGCCGCCUGGUGUUUGGAUGACCAUACGAACACUUUGCUCAUGUACCAUGCCGCGAGCUACCAGCUCUGCGCGCGGUACUUCUGUGGAGACCGCAACCCCCUCCGGGACAUGUUCGUAGUCCAGCAGCCUGCUGGGGCGGUCUCUCCAUCGCCCCCCACCCCGGAGAAGAGCUCUGAGCACAGCAGCCCCGGAGAGGUGACAAUAAUGUACAGCGAGGAGACGGGGACUCAGAUCAUCAUGCACCAGGACUCCCUGACGGACUACUGCUCCAUGUCCUCCGCGUCCUCCGAGCAGCUGUGUCAGAUGGACCGGUCCAGCUCGGGGGUGCUGAGCUCUCUGGCCAGCUCCUGCAGCAUGCCUUUCUCCACGGACUGCGAGGACUCCGACAGAGCGCAGGAGCUGCCCGUCGACCCCACCUCCCCCGAGACCUUUGAGGCUCUCUUGGAGAGCGAAACCCCGGAGCAUCUGCAGGCUGUGAGAGUCCUUGCAGUGAGAAACACCUUGUGGAUCCCCAGGCGUGGUGGGGAAGUGAUGGUCAUCAAGCUGGAGAAGCAGGCAGAGGUCCAGAGAGGCAGGGUGAUCGCAGUACUGAGGGCCCCAACUCUGCCUGAGCACGGGGUGCUGAUGGAAGCGGCUGUGGUUGCAAAGGACACUGUUGUGUGCGGCUUUCGAAAUGAAAACAUGGAGUGGUGCCUGGCUGUCUGGAGGGGCUGGGGAGGCAGGGAGUUUGAAAUCUUCUACCAGUCCUAUGAGGAGCUGGGCCGGCUGGAGAACAGCAUGAGAAAAAGAAGGUAGCUCUUGUGCGGCGCAGAAUCGGAGCUCUGUGAGCGACACGCUUGGGGGAAUAGAGACUGACAGGCCUCCCUGUUCCUACCGGGGGGCAAGCACGCUUUGACAUCAGCACCAGAGAGCGGGGGGAAGCUCGCUUGGAGCUCUUCUCCUUAUCCUGAGCUUCAGCUGCCUGCUCCCUGUCAAAGCCACAUGUGUACCUGUGCAGGCAGUCAGGUGUGGAUGGCAGCUCUUCAAGUAGGAUGUCUGUUACUUGCAUGACAUGUGAUCUUUUUCAACACAUUUAACUAGUAUCCCCGGAUCCCUGUGGAAGGGACUACAGGAGACCAACUGCAUACAAACUGAACUUUUUUUUUUCCAACCAGAAGAAGGUCAAGAAGACCAGUACUGAAUAAAUAAAAUUGCAUGAAAGUUUCUACAUGGCCAUCAAAAAUAAACUAGGGAACAUGCGGCUCCUACAAGUAGCAAGGACUAACCUAAAGAUUAAAAAGGUUUCCAAAUCUAUAUCCUUAAUAUAAGCUAUAAGCUAUGAAUUGCAGCCUGGGAAAGGGGUUAAAUGAUUGUUUCUUAAAUGUGCAAUGGUAGAAAGGAUUUAUUUUCUAAAUUAAAAAGAGUAUUAAAAAGCUCUGCCAUGCAGAUACAGUUCUAGAUGCCAGUUGUUGCGGAACAAUGCCUGAUAAUAUGUAUCCAGCUAAAGAUUCGUGGAGUGUAUAAUGUAAUGUACUUGUAUAUUAUGAUAUGGUUGGGAAUACUACCUGCAUGUGUAAAUAAAACUACAAUGCACUGUUUGUGUGAUUGAUCGAAUCAUCUGAAAUCAUUUUUUGUCACAGUAAAUAUUUUUUUUCAAAGAGC